GAUUUCCCUUCAGUGCUUUUUCACUAGACGAACGGAUGCUAUGAUUCAUACUUACUUCAACCACAUUUAGAUACGCAGUGAUCUGUUUAGCUCUGUUGCAAAAAUUUGAAGCUUUUAUUUCCACAAUCUUCUUUUUACGCGGCUUGUUAUUACAAAUAUACAUACUUGUGUAUUUUUGCAGUUUUGGUAGAGAGUAAACAAUUGAAUACUUUACGAUGGACAAAAAAGAUGCUAUUCAGGAUAGUCAAGAUAAACAAGUUCUGAAGCGAUCUGUACAAUCAGAUAGACAAUUUGCUUACAAAAAAGAAGCAUUUAGAGAUGUUACUGAAUUUGCUGAAACAAGAAAGGAUGAAAUGCAAAAACUACUAGACGAUUUCAAUAAAAAGUGGCCAAUAGGAUUAAUGUGGGAUUCCAAAGUACCUGAGAAGGAUAAAUGGCUUUUCUAUUUUUUUUCUCUUCAGACUUCAGAUAAGCAAGCAGUUACUCAAGCAAUAGAAAAGUAUCUAAAUCUUUACAAAGACAUAUAUGAUAUCAAGAACAUGAAAGAUGCUAAUGAUGAAGAGAGCAUUAACAAUGCUUAUGAUAAAAUUCAAGAUUUGUACGAUGAGUUAACAAAUAUGGUUAAAAAAGCUGAAAUAGAAAAAGAGACUACAAGUAGCAGUACUGUUUAUAACUUACACAAAGAUAUGAUAUCAAGGAAAACACAGAUUGUAAAAAAAUUAGAAAGGGUCGAACUUUCCAUUUCAAGACAACAAAUACAAGGUUUAACGAAUAAAUUGAAAAGUGCUCUGAAGGUAUGUGACGAAAAUAAAGAACAAAUAAAUACCCUUCAACAAGAGAAUAAAGAAAUUAAAGAAGAGUGUAAAAAAGUUAUAGAAGAAAAUAAGACAAUAAGAGAAGAUAUGAGAAAUUUGAUGCAAGCAAUAUCUAUUUAUAUGGAACAAAGAGAAGCAGAUCUAAAUAAUGCUGAUGAACAAGGAGAAAGCUCUAGUCAGCAGCAACAAUAUGCUCAAAGUGCUAAUGGUCAACAAGAAUCAGGUGUCCAAGCUUCUGACAUCGAAGCUAAUCAGCAACAAAAGUCAAAUGUUCAAGUUACCAGUGAUCAGGCUAGUCAACAGAAGGAAUCAGGUACUGAACCUGCUAAUGAUUCAAAUGUACCGUCAAAACCACGUAGUAGGUCGUCAAGCGUUUCAAGUACUGGUAGUAGCAAUGGUAAUCAAUUAGACCCAAGUAGCAAGUUAAGGUCUUUAUGUUCUAAUGAUAGUGCCAGCGACAUUGAAAUAAUCAGCAACUCACAAUGUCGUUAAUCUGGCAAAAGCAUACUAUUAUGGUGGGGCUUUGGAUCCACUUUAUUUGAAAAUUUAUACAAAAAAAAGCUUUCAUGCUAAAGAACUUUUAGAACAUAAGUUUUCUGAAGGUAUAAAAGAACAGUAUAUCCCACUGCUUGAGGUUUUUGGCAAGGAAAAAUUGUAUUGGUGGUAGCCAUGGAGCUGUAAGGUAAAAGUACUCAAAUAGAUAAGAAACAAUAUCAGAGAGCAAUAGAAUAUGUGAACUAUACUUGGUUUUGGAAGAUAGUUUUUGGUUUACUUAUCCCAGUGUUGAUUCAUGUUGAUUCAACGUGUGAUGUGAAAUUGUUUAGGUUGCCUAACAUAUUACAGGAACUUGAUAGUAGUCUUGAAGAGAUAAGGAGGCACAUAAAGCAUAAAGAACAGCAUGAAGAAUAUUUAAAAGUGGCUGAUAAAACCAUUCAGAAGCUAUCUUCAAAAUAUCACCCUGAUAAAGUAAAAAGUAAAGGUGGCUCUGAUGAAGAGUUAGCACAAGUUCAAAAAAUGCAAACUAUAUUAAAUGCGACAAGAUCGGUACUAAAUAGCCUUACUAGAGGCUAUUUUGCUAGAAAAUCACGUUCUUAUUGAUUGAACAAUAAACAACUAAUAAAAAAUACAGUAACAAAAGCGACUUUAUUGUGACAAAAAGAUUUUAAUUCAAUUGAAAUUAACCACACAAAGGAUUCUUAAUUACUGCUCUCUGAUGGAACAUAGCUGGAACAUGAAUCUCUACCGUGUGCGCACAAAUUAGAAAUGUGGGAUUGUAAGUACUGUUGGUUACAUUUAUGCAUUUGCUUUUUAAUAUGUUAUAUAAUUUUUAACAAAUUUUCAUCUUUAUAAGUAUUUUAUCUUUAUCUUUAUUUCAUUAUGAUAUAAAAUAUUCAGUUUUGAUACGUCAGCAUGUGACUAUAUCUUAAUAACAUUAUUAUUAUGACGAAAACAUUAGUUUGUAAUGAAAA